UCGGGAGGAUGAUCUGGAAUUACUUACAAACUGAAACAUGCGAUCCGAAAUGGACAGCCAUCAAUGCAGCAGGUCUCCAGGCUGACCUGGAAAGCAAUCUGUUCGGACAGCACAUUGCCUCACGCAUCGUCCUGAAAGCUGUGAGUGGAUUCAUGAGCAACGACAACCCGAAAAAGCCUCUGGUGCUGUCUCUGCACGGAUGGACGGGCACAGGGAAGACCUAUGUUAGCAAGCUGAUUGCUGAAAACAUUUAUAAGAAGGGAAUGGACAGCAGCUUUGUUCAUAUUUUCAUCUCUAGUUACCACUUCCCACAUAAAAGUGAAAUUAAGACCUACAAGUCUCAGUUACAGCAGCGAAUCAAAGACAGUGUCACCAACUGUGCACGCUCCAUAUUCAUCUUUGAUGAGAUGGACAAGAUGCAUCCUGGAUUGAUUGACAGCAUAAAGCCGUUCCUGGAGUACCACAACAAUCUGGAUGGAGUUUCUUUUCGUAAGGCCAUCUUCAUCUUCCUUAGCAAUGGUGGAGGAGAGCUCAUCAAACAGACAGCUUUUGACUUCUGGAAAGCACAACGAGGUCGAGAAGAGAUUGAGCUGAAAGACCUGGAAACAUCUAUCUCUGAAUCUGCAUUUAAAAAUGGUGGCUUGUGGAAUUCAGAUUUAAUUUACAAGAACCUGGUGGACUUCUUUGUCCCGUUUCUGCCUCUGGAGAAACGGCACGUUAUCCAGUGUAUCAAGGCCGCGAUGAGAGCCAGAGGAUGUCCACCAGACCAGAAUGUGGCCGACAAGAUGGUCGAAGAUUUAGUUUAUGUCCCCAAACCUGAGAGCGUUUUCUCUGCCAAAGGCUGCAAGACAAUAGAGAGCAAAUUGGACUACUACUUCGAAUGUAAGCCUCUGCAGGAUGCACAAGGUUAAUAUUUAUAGUUAAUAUUUAUUUAGGGGGUACUCACACUUGGCAAUCCAUACCUUGCCCGAGCACAUUUAACCCCCACAGUGUGGUUCGUUUAACCAGUGUGAUCACUGUGCUGAACUGUGCCCGGGCCCGCUCGAAGAGGUGGGCUCGAACACGGUUAAGCUGUCCGUGCGAUAUUUACUACCAGCUAUUUGCUUCGACAACCCAGCUGUGAUCUAACAUUAACAUAGCUAUCCUUAUUAGAUAGGCUCAUUUCAUGCUUGCUAUUAACUUUUUUGACAGUGUUGUGUUGGUGAGAUUUGUGCAGCUGUGUUCAUGAGAAAGAGAGAGAGAGAAAGAGAGAGAGAGCGGGAGCUAGCAAGCAAGUGAGACGAGGUGCUGAGUGAAUAUAUAUGCGGCACGUAGCUCUGCAGUCAAAUACAAUUUUGAAUAGGCCUGGUAAAAAAACACACAAAUAAAUCAAUGUAUGGGAAACAAUGGAGUGAUGACUUAAACAUUCUCCAGCUUGGUGCUUCCAUCUUUAGGUGCAAUGUGAGUGCAGGCCAGCUGGGGGAGUGGUCCGGGGUACAAUUGUUCUCAGGCACGGGACAAGGCAACCGGGCCUAGUGUGAGUACGCCCUUAGUUAACAAAGAAAAAUGCCCUUGACUGAGGAGAGGAAGGCAAACGAAGCCUUCACACUUGUAUCUUUGCACAGUACUAGUAAAGGUUUUUUGACAGGUGUGGUAAAUUAGGAAUGCUUUCAAAAAAGACAUUAGUAGAUUGUGUUUAUCAAUUAACAAAAUACAAAGUGAGUUAACAGAAGAAAAAUCU